GCAUAGGCAGCCAAGCCUCCGACUGCUGCCUGAAGAACAGCAGGAAGGUCAUCCCGCAUGGCUGGGUGAAGUCCUACAGCCUACAGGGACCUGACUCAGGCUGCCUGCUGCGUGCCGUUGUGUUCACCACCAAGAAGAAUAAGAAGAUCUGCGCCUCCCCGACCGACACGGCCGUCCAGAAGCUGAUGCAGAAGCUGGACAAGAAGAAAGCGCAGCCCGCAGCAUCCAGCAGGAAAGCCUCGCGGCAGAGGGGGCGGCGCACCUAGCUCAGCCCUGAAGAGGACGGACGCCUUCCCCACCGACAAUCG